AUGCAUUUGAUGUACUACACUGCUCCUGGAGGAAAGCGAGUAUACACUCUCAAAAAAAUGGCUCCUGAAGGAGGUGUUACAAAAUCUGCACAUCCAGCAAGAUUCUCGCCAGACGAUAAAUACUCUCGUCACCGAGUGACUUUGAAAAAACGAUUCGGGGUUCUUCUUACACAACAGGCCGCAAGAGCUGUCUAG